AGCAGGACAAUUUCCAGACUUCAGCAAGCCCUGGCAGUGCCAGCAUAGGUAUCUAAAACAUCUGAUUCUAAAAAGCUGCAUUGGACGUGCAUGAAGGCUGAACCCUUCAUUGAAGGUCCUUUUGCCGUUGGCCAGGCCCGCUGCAAAAAGGUUCUGGUCUAGAAAGUGUACCACUAGGCUGGGGCCGCAGUCAUAAAAAUUGAUGAUGCAAUCCGAGUACCAAGCUGAUAGUCGCGGUGGUUGUUGAUUUUGUCGCACUUGUUUUGAGGCAAAGUGUCAGUGCCCAGAGCAUACACGGACGGCGCGAGCUUGAAGUUGCAUCCAUCGAUCAUGAGCACCAUAUUUGCCGGCAAGCGCAGGUUUGGUUGUGACGGUCAGGGGCGGUCCCUGUGAUGUGACUUCAAUCAAUCGGCAUUGAUAUGCUGCAAUAUUCCCAAACAGCCGCUGGACCUCCUUCAACUUUGACAGUUCUUCAAGAAGGGAAGAUGGCAGCCACUGAACAGGAGAUUGAUGAUGCGAUCAGGAAGAGAGCGCCAAAGUUCCGUUCAGAAGCGGAAACUAUCACAAUGAGAAUCGUGCGGCGGCUCCUGGAAGAAGACCUUGGACUGCCAGCAGGGUCCCUUGAAUCUCGGAAGAAGUAUAUCAGUGCCGCGGUAGACAGGGUACUGAAUGAGGCAACACGGAGCAAUGGGGCGGCAAACUACGGGGCAAAUGCUGAGGCACCUGGAACCCCCAAGGGGGCUCUCAUGGAUAGAGGCCAACAAGGGGAGCCGCCUGGGCACAAGUCUGAAGCGGAAGAGACGCCAGAGGCUUCUGAUGAGGAGGAGGAGGAAGAGGUGGUAGUACACAAAAAACGGAAAGCAACGGAGCAGUCGGGAGGCAAGCAUACUCGGCGUCAUGUGAAGAUGGACGAGGAGAAAGACAGUGAGAACGAAGCAGCCGAGGAAGAAUCUGAGGAAGAAGAGCGACAUGUGAGGAGGAUACAGAAGAAAGAAUUGAAGGUUAAAGGGACCAAGCAGAUGAGGCGCAGUGAACAUAAGCCUGCGCCAAAGGACGAGGAAGAAGAGACGGAAGAAUCGUCUAGUGAAAGCGAAGAAACGGACCAGGAAGAAGCAGUUGUGAAAGAAAGGGCCAGAAAACGAGAGCCCCAGUCAGACGAGGAAGAGAGCGACGAGGAGUCAGGCUCCAGCGAAGACGAGAAGCCGGGACCAUCAAAGCGGCGAAAAAAAGAGGAGAGCUCGUCGGAGGCCGAAAGCGGGGAGAGUGCAGACUCGGAAGAGGAGCCCACCCGUAAGCAGACGUCGCGGAGGGAAGCUGUCAAGAAGAAAAGAGAAGAUGAGGUUCCAAGCAAGCCGUCUCAAGCUGCCUACCUGACUACCAAGCGGGUCGUGGAGCUGAAAAGCAUUUUGAAGCAGUGCGGCAUCACGAUUCCUCCGGCGGUGUACAAGAAGGCAAAGGAUGCAGACGCCGAGAAUCGGCAAGAGGCCCUGAUUCGCGGCCUCAAGGACCUGCUCAAGAAGGAGGGCCUCUCCGGCCACCCUUCGGAUCAAGAGAUCAAGCGCGUACGCAAGCGGCUCCAGACGCAGAAGGAGCUGGAAGGCAUCGACACCGAGAACAUCAUCGAGGAGGGCGGCCGCGGCAGCCGACGGGCGGCCCGCGAGGCGGCCGCGAAGGUGCCCCGCUACACGGAAGCGUCGGAGAGCGACGAGAACGACGAAGGGGACGAGGGGGAAGAGGAGGACGAAGAUGAAUCGGGGGGGGAGGACGAAGAAGAUGAGGACGAGGAUUGAGCAGACGCUGAGUGAUCAACUGUGGGGCCACCCGCUCGAGGAAUCUGUCAGCUAGGGUUCAGAAACGGAAGCACUAACCACUUCAAGCAGACGUGGAGAUUGAGUCAUAUGGUGCUUCUUUCCAUACCAUUCGGUUCAAAUUGGAGGUCAAUCUGCAGAUUGGGUGACUGGUCACCUUAGAGAUUAACCUUAGAACCUCCGCAAUUGGAGGCAGAGGUUACGUGUAGCCUAGUAGGUGGAAAGUGUUCUGGCGACUUCCAUGCAAAGGUCCCACAGCGGCGGUCGACCUUGUUAGUUUCGUAAUUCGGUACACACGACGACUUGAUGUCAAUUCAAGAAGUAUAAAGAUGUUAUGAACCAUGUUAUGAACCAUCAAUGAGGUUGAUCGACAAGAUCUAUGAGCAAGAAAAUUGUUUGCGGGUGUCA